CAUUAGACACAAAUUUGAAAUUUUGAUUAGGAACAAAAAAAAAAAGGCACGAAAGCAGCCUAUAUAACAGCAUGUAACGACUAACGAGUGACCCUCUUGCAAAGAUCCUAUCCAAAUUCUCUUAUCUUGAAACCCUCCAAUGGCUUCACUGCUGCUCGGAACCACUUCCAUGGCGUCCCACGCCGUCUCUUUCUCCUUCUCUCAUUCUCACUCCGUCACCGGAAUUUCUCUCUCCUCUCCUUCCGCUGUUUCUCUCUCUACUUCCGUCGCAACUUCUCCAGCACUGCCGCUCAUUUACUGUGGCAGAGGUGACAAGAAGACUGCCAAAGGCAAACGCUUCAACCACUCUUUCGGAAAUGCGAGACCUAAGAACAAGAACAAGGGACGAGGCCCUCCAAAAGCGCCAAUCGUUCCUAAAGGGGAUCCAUCUGAGAAAGAGGAAUGAUGAUGAGAAAUUUAUGUUGAUUCUGAAUAGAAUGUGUCGAGGUAUUCCUUGCCCCUCUUCGCACCGGUUAGGUAGCAGGAUGGUACUCGAGUUGUCAAUGUAAUUUUUGUACACUUUUCAAAACCUUUUAGCUCUUUAUGGCAAUGUAAACCUUAUUUUUUUUUCCUGAAAGAUAAUGUGGCUAUUUCCCCUGCUUGUUAUAUAUGAGGACUUAUCGAAGCCCUUUUGAGCUGA